UUUCAUGUGAUAGAGUCCAUGCACUAUUGAAAUUAAUUCAGUUAAUUUGCAUCUUAUUAUAAAGCCUAAUUUCCACAUUGACCCUAAGCUUCUUUCUUUCUUGAAUCGUAACAUCUCCCUAGAAGGAAUAAUGGAGCCAAACGCUACUAAGUUCUAUCAUCUGCACCAGUUUGACACAAGAGACUUUAUUAACAAUUUCUUUUCUUCUCAAGCAGAUAAUUUGUUCUUAGAGCAGGCAGUGAAACACCCGCUGAAAAGUCUUCACAUGGAAUUUGCUUUAGGUCAUAUCAAAGGUGAAAGCUUGAUUGACAUCAGUAUUGGACCCCUCAUUUUUCCUCUCUUUCCAAUUUUUGAGUACUUCAAAGAAAUCACAAUCUUAAAAUUUAAUGAUGACUGCAUUAAGGAAGUGGAAAAAUGGAAAACAUCUGAUACGGAUGCUUGUGACUGGUCACAUGCAGUCAUGUUUAUGAUGGAACUGGAAGGAAAUAGUGUUGUUUGGACACAUAAAGAAGAACAGCUGAAAAGAAGAAUAAAACACAUACUUAAAUGUGACCUUUCAAAAGAAAACCUGGUGGAUCAAAGAAUGGUUCCGAAAGCAGACUGUGUCCUCUCGGCAUGGAUCAUGGAGACUAUUAGCAAAGAUGAAACUUCAUACUGUAGGAAUUUAAAGAAAAUUUCAUCUUUACUAAAAUUAGGAGGUCAUCUCAUUUUAAUCGGAGACAUCCAAGGAUCCUUUUUCAUUGUUGGUGGCCACAAGUAUCACAUCUUAUCUGUUGGCGAAGAGUUCUUAAGAAAGGCUCUACAGGAUGAAGGCUACUCUAUAGUUUUAUAUAAUGCAGUGGAAAGAAAUGCUGAGAAGCAAACAACAAAUUAUAAGAAAAUUGUUUGCAUCAUAGCCCAAAAAGUAAGGGAAAGAUAGAAGGAAAUUAUGUGUUACAUUGGAAUUAAAAACUCGGUUUUGUUGAACCCAGGAACCAUUGCAAAGGGAAAUUUAAAAAGGGUAUUUAAAGGGUGCCCAGAUGGGACUAUUUAUACUUUCCCUUUUUUUUUGUUAAUAAAUGUUAAUAAAUGUUUAUAACUAAAAUUCAUUCAAUAAAACACAGUUUUCACCAAAAA